UGAUAAUCUCAAAGACUUUCAUGUAAAUAAAUAAAUGUUAACUAUUGACAGCUGAAUGAGGUAACACAACGAUGACUGAUCCAGUGACGCACCGAUCAGAGAGAUGUCCACUGCUCAGUUAGUUCAGCCAGCAGUGGCUGGUCGUCCAGAGAGAGUCAUCACAGAUCCGUUGGUCCCGUCUCUGCUCGUGUCGGGAGUCAGAGGUUAACGCUACUGUGAACGAUCACGACCAGACCAGCGAGGACGAUAAUGGCAACGAUGAAACAAAAAAACGUCCAAAUCCAAAUCCAGAAAAUGGACUGACGUCACACGAGCCACACUGGAUCUCUGACGAGCACCUGCGAUCGCUGCUUCUGGAAAUCUGAAGGACAACUGAGGAUCUGACCCGAGUCCUUCACGAAGAAAUCCACAGCCCAGCAACUUUAAAGGAACACUACGUAGUUUUGGGAAGAAAGAUCUAACAAACUACUCAACAAAUUUAUUAUCAUUUCCACGACUGGACAAACUGAAUAUACAAGCUGACCUUAAAGGAUGACACAGCUGUCACAAUGUGGCAGACCCUGCCACCUCUCUAGCCUCAUAUGGGGGGAUCCUGUUCUCCUCUGAGAACAGAUGUUAAUGACCUGGAUGUUUGCACUGUGCCUGGCUCACCAUGAGCUCUGAGAGGAGGAACAGCCGCGAGAAGUUCUGCUCACCUUCCUUCUUCCUGUCUCCUACCUGUUGCUGAUGCGCGCCACUCCGUGAUUUACCACGACCUCGAGCGCAGAGCGCUCAGAGACGGUGUGGAGCUGCUCUCUGAUUGGUCGUCGGGCUCUCAGCGGCACUUCAAAGCCGCGAAGAAGCUACAACUACUAAAGGAGCCGCCGGGAGGAAACACACACUCAUCACAUCCAACCACCGCACACAGACACACAGUCACCGCACACAGACACACAGUCACCGCACACAGACACACACAGUCACCGCACACAGACACACACAGUCAGAGGACCAGGACAGACCAUGGCUGCUACACUGCUCGGGGAGGAGCCCCGGCUGGGCAGCACACCGCUGGCCAUGCUGGCCGCCACCUGCAGCAGGAUCGGUGACCCCGGCCCUUCAUGCUCCCCUGCGCUCUCCGAUGGAGCCCCGGGUUUCGUGAAGGGCUUCCAUCCGUGGAAAGGAGGCGCCCCGAGCGCCGGCAGCCUGGGCGGCUGCUUCACUUCGCUCGGAGUUCCCCCUGGAAACCCCCGCAGUAGCGCGGCCGGACUGACGGACACCUCCAGCGCCUUCUCCGUGACCAGUGCCGGCUCUCCUUUUGGAAAUGAUUAUUCGAUGUACCAGACCGCUGCGCCAUCAGACAGCUCUGUCCAGGAUCCGGCGCACACACAGCGGUCCAUGUUUCUGACCAAGUUCCCGCCCUCGGUGGAGAGCAUAGCUGGGAUUUAUCCGAGGAUGCACGCGCACCCGUAUGACUCCUGGUUCAAGCCCAUGGGAGAGGUCAGUAACGGCUCCGCUGCUUGGUGGGACAUGGGGACCAGCUGGGUGGACACACAGAGUCCGGCCGGGUUACACUCUCCUCUGAGCGGGUACAGCUCUGACUACAGCUCCGCCUUCAGCCCCGGAGCCUCUCAGCACCUGCUCCCCGCCGCACAGCACCUGUUUGACGGCUUCAGGCCACCUGUCCCGGGUCCCUACACGGAGUCAAAGACGAGCGCGGCACCUGCGCUGACAGGAAACCCGGUCCCGGUGGUUUCUCUCCCCGCAUCCUCCCGCUCGUCCUCCCGGCGCUACUCGGGCAGAGCCACGUGCGACUGUCCCAACUGCCAGGAGGCGGACAGCCUCGGCCCGGGGGGCGCCAGCCCGCGGCGGAGGGGCUUACACAGCUGCCACAUCCCGGGCUGCGGGAAGGUUUACGGCAAGACCUCUCACCUGAAGGCUCACCUGCGCUGGCACACCGGGGAGAGGCCGUUUGUCUGCAACUGGCUCUUCUGCGGGAAACGCUUCACGCGCUCCGACGAACUCCAGCGGCAUUUGCGCACGCACACCGGGGAGAAGCGCUUCGAGUGCGCCAUUUGCCACAAACGCUUCAUGCGCUCGGAUCACCUGAGCAAACACGCGAGGACGCACACGGCGGACGGCUCAGAGGACGGCGGGGAGCCAGGGGUCGGGAAAGGGAGCAGCGACACGGACAAUAGCCUCACCGGGAGCCCGAGCCAGUCUCCCGGGCUGCACCUGCGUGAGACCCGGAGCGGCGGAGUAGUCACAGAGCCGAGCGUGGAGUGUGUUCCUGGACUCUGACGGACUGAGAUGGCACUUUAUAGACUUCAGCUGUGGAUGAACACGCGUGUCUUUACCUCAUCUGUGUGACACGGAGCCUCCUGUAAAAUACAGGUGACCGUGUUCCUGAUGAAAGAGGGAGGCUGUGAAAUGUUCUGCGCUAGUAUUCAGUCUGGAGUUAAACCAUCUCGUUACAGACUUUAUAAAAACACGAAGCUGUGAUUUAUUUCCACAUGUCGGUCAGAUCAUGACUCAGUGAAUCAAACAGGACAUUUAAAGACGUGUUAUCUCGUUCCUCGAUAUCUGAAGCAGUUUUUAUGGUUUUAUAAUUUAUGACUAUAAAGUAUUUUUUCCCACUAAUUGCAAAAAUAAAACUGUAUAAAAUUAAAAUCUAA